AUGAUGAUAUUGAAGGCUUCAAAAAUGAUGACAACGAAUACACUAGUAAAAGCUUCCAAAACGACAACAUUGAAAACUCCAAAAACGACAUCAAUAAAAGCUUCCAAAGAUGACAAUGAAUUCGUACUCGUGAAAGCUCCAACAACGACAACUCAAAGCGAUCUACCCAUUGUUCCAGUGAACUUCCAGAAACGACGACACCAAAACACACUAGGGAAAGCUGAAGGCUCCAAAAGUGAUGAAAUCACACCAAAAAUGAUGACAAAUUCAUACUAG